AUGCUCUCUUAUGCGAUUAAACCCUAUGAGUACGGCGCCUACGAAGAGGGCAAGGCUAUCUUGAAAGCCAUUAGAGAAGUCAAUGAUGGAGAGAAAGCAGCAGCUAGGGGUGGGGAAUCUAGUAACUCCCAGAAAUCCUACCAACAGGCGCAAACAAACGGUGCAAUAGGUCGUGUUGUUGGAGGUUAUGUGCACAUCCAUGGUGCUCUAGAGAGAAACAAGCCUUCUGAUAGUGCCACCAUGUCAAUAUUAUGGCCAUGGCGGAUCAGUGAAAGAUUGAAGAGUGUAUCAUUGUUGAAUGGUGAUAAUGGUGCAGGACGGGCUGGGUAUGAACAUCCGGAAGAUCACACUUUGGGAUACAAGUACGAGGACAAAAUUCAGUCAUUCAGCGUACAAGACAAGAAAAAGGAAGAGGUUCUGAGAGCAACUCCGAUGAAUGAGAACCACGUUCAGCAGCCGAUUGACUCAACCACGGAGAGACAACCGGGUUUCCAAAAAUAUGCUCAAAAUGGAGAGAACACCGUGAAGCCCGAGAGAAAAAGUGGACUGAGUAUAUUCGUUAGAAGUGGUUACGAAACACCUUUCUUUGUCGUCGAGCCAAAUGAGCAAGAACAAAAGAAGCUGUAUGUUAAAAUGGUAACCAACUCGGGAAAUUCUAUUUUCAUUGAGUAUGAGGAAGUUAGUGAGAAUGAGCAAAUAAAACAGGGAACUGAAGCUGACACUCGAGACACCCUUCAAGAUGAUAAUGGACUAGUAAGUGUUCCUGAAAUACUUCAAAAUGGCCAAAAAGAAGAGAGUGAGCAACAAGAAAAGUCGCAAGAGAAGUAA